GCCCUCCCCUCGGUGUGACGGGUGGAGCCGGUCUUCUCCCAGUCUCUAGUAGUUUCCGUGCAGCUGACGCAUGCUUGUCGCACAGCUGGGCCGGCCCGGAGAGGCCUGCCUGACGACUGACGGGUUGCCAUGGCAUCCUACUACGAGAUUCUAGAUGUGCCUCGAAGUGCAUCCGCUGAUGACAUCAAGAAGGCGUAUCGUCGGAAGGCUCUACAGUGGCACCCAGACAAGAACCCGGAUAAUAAAGAGUUUGCUGAAAAGAAAUUUAAGGAGGUGGCUGAGGCCUAUGAAGUGCUGUCUGACAAGCAUAAGCGGGAGAUCUACGACCGCUAUGGCCGRGAAGGGCUGACUGGGGCAGCAUCUGGUCCCUCUCGGGCAGAAAGUGGUGGUGGUGGGCCUGGUUUCACCUUUACCUUCCGAAGUCCUGAAGAAGUCUUCCGUGAGUUCUUCGGGAGUGGAGACCCUUUUGCAGAACUUUUUGAUGACCUGGGCCCCUUCUCAGAGCUUCAGAGUCGAGGCACUCGACACUCGGGCCCCUUCUUUACCUUCUCUUCUUCCUUCCCUGGGCAUUCUGAUUUCUCCUCCUCGUCUUUCUCCUUCAGCCCUGGGGCUGGUGCUUUUCGCUCUGUUUCCACAUCCACCACUUUUGUCCAAGGAYGCCGCAUCACAACACGCAGAAUCAUGGAGAAUGGGCAGGAACGGGUAGAAGUGGAGGAGGACGGGCAGCUGAAGUCAGUCUCCAUCAAUGGUGUCCCAGAUGACCUGGCCUUGGGCUUGGAGCUGAGCCGUCGGGAGCAGCAACAGUCAGUCACCUCCAGGUCGGGGGGCAUGCAGGUCCGGCCAACCCCUGUAUCACGUCCCUCUGAGAGUGACCUCUCUGAGGAUGAUGAGGACCUGCAGCUUGCCAUGGCCUACAGUCUGUCAGAGAUGGAAGCAGCUGGGCAGAAGCCGGCAGGUGGGCGGGGGGUGCAGCAACAACGGCAGGGGCAACCCAAGGUCCAGCACCAAGAUCUGGGUGUGGGGGGGACCCCUGAGGGUGCAAAGGGUGAGGCAACCAAACGUAGCCCAUCUCCAGAGGAGAAGGCCUCUCGCUGCCACAUCCUUUGAACACCAGGCCCAGCCUGACUUGACUCAGGUCUUGACUUGAGGUCCGGCUGUCAGGAGAGCUGAGUGGAGCAUGGCCUGAGUUAAAGCAGCCCAUGUCCCUCCACGUUUCCCUCCCAGGCCUGCUGCACUCUGGUGUUGUGGAUUUGGAAUUUAUUUGCUCAGCCUGGGGCUGAUAGGUCCCUGGGUGAAGCCCAGGGUCGGGGCAUCAGGGCUGUGGAAGGGGCUGAGGAUGAGCCCAGAUGCACUUGCUGAAUGGGGAGUUUCUGAGUGGCAUUAGUAGUUUGGGUUGGGCCUUUUGUGCCCAGGUUUUCUGCCACCUGUGUUGCCAACUGUGUCAAGGAAGGAGGACUUGGCCUGGGGUGCUYUGAGCCGAGUUGGCAGCUACCCUGGGGAGCAGUGCAGACUGAGCAGCGGCUCUGCUCUGUGUCCAGCUGCAGCCCCCGCUGGUUUCUGUGCAGUGUUGAGCUCUGACUGUCUCUGUGCUUCCCUUCUGUGCUGCUCUCCUUUCUCCUACUCUGCUUUCUGCAACUCCCUGCGGGCCACAUCGCUUGCUUUCACUGCCGUCUGGCUAGGACUCCCUUCUUCUUCCCUCCCCGAGAAGCCUCAGUGUGCCCAGGAAGAUGCUGGGGCCAGUGGGGCCAUGAGGUCUUCUGGGGAGGCUAGCGGGGUGGGGCGGGAGCCUCUCAGCCAUCCAGAUUUGGAACCGGAGUCCACUCCUCCUCCCUUCCUCUUGCUGCCUCAGCCUGCCCCGGCCCUGGGACUAGGCAGAGGUGAGGCUGGCUAACCCUGGAGAGGUGGGGUAGGGCCAGGUGACCCGGGGGAGGCCUAGGUGGGGACUGGAUCCCAUACUACUUUCCCACCAUGCAUCAGGGCUCAGGGAAAGGCCACAGGGCCAGCCCAGGUGUGCAUGCUUGGCUCCAUCCUCCACAGCUUGCUGCUGACCCUCUCUCCUGUUACCCGCCCCCGCUCUCUCCCCAGAUGUGUUCUGAGCUGGAUGUCCAGGAUCCACAGUCGCUGCACAGUUCCAACAGGACAGCAUCCUCCCCCAAGCAUUGGGAGGGGACACUCCAUUCCUCUCCCUCACCCAUCCUGAGUGUAGAACUGGGGCCUGGGUAGUGGGUGGGGGUCGGGYGGGAGGCAUCAGUAGUCUUAGCCUGGGAACUCUCUAACCUGAGUGUUUGCUGCUGUCUCUUGGGGACUACUAGUCCUAGAAUGCAGUGCACCYGACCACCUUCCUGCUCAACAUAGCCAGGGGAGGUGGUGCGUGGUUACAGAUCUGUGCUUCUUGGAGUAUGUAGUUCUGGCGCUGGCCAGCUUGUCACUCGCUCUAGACUGGGAGAUCUUGUCUUUUGAUUUGUUCCUGGCAGGCUAGAAUGUGGAUGAAGGGGGAAUGACCUGAGCCUCAGUUCCCCUGACACCUUGCUGGCCCCGGGGUCGGAGUGGGCAGGUCAAGGACCUGCAAUGUCUGAAAGAGGUUCUUUUUCUGCAGGCAGACUGGGGUCUGAGGAACAAGACAGGGGGGCAGCAGACUGAGGAAGCAGGGCAUGGCCAUGGAAGGCUGAUGGGCGUGGGCUGGCAGAGCUUGGAAGGGGAGGCCACCCUAGCGGCAUGUGACAGGAACUCCAGGCAUGCUGCUGCUUGAAUGGCUUUCUUUGGCCUCUGACCCUGCUACCCAUUCUUUCUCUCCAACAUCACAGACGAGCUGCCUCUCCUCCUCCCUGCCUGGGGAGCCCAAGGCUAGGGAGGGGACUGCUGGAGUGGGGUGUCAUCAGCCCUUGUAGCACUGAGCCUCAGAGACCUAUCAAAGCCAGCUGGGCUGAGCUCAAGACAGGAGGGAAACUGGAAGUCAAUAAAGCUGUUUUGAGAGCUUGGUA